AUGAAUGCAAGAGAACCGGAGCAAUUUGUGCAAAAUAAUCAUAACUCACUUCAUUUAACUGUCCUGAACGUGCGAUGGUUGGUUCAGAGGAAGGAGCAGCUACAGGUGUCACUGGCCUGGCCCGCCAGGACCGCCCGCCCCGCCCAGCCCACCAGGACCGCCAGGAACGCCCGGCCCGCCAGGCAUGCCAUUGCCGCCCUUACCGCCGGAGCCAUCGCCGCCGCGGCCACCGACCCCGCCAGGCGCGCUGAAGCCUCCCUCCCCUCCGCGCCCGCCUUCCCCGCCGAUGACGCCGUCUCCACCCUUACCACCAGCGCCGCCGCGCGCCUUGUAGCCUCCUUUCCUGCCUUUGCCGCCCGCGCCGCCCCGGGGGGUACGGCGGACGCCGAGAAGGCCACGGAAGCAGCUGAAGUCGCGACUGCCAUAGCCAGCGUUACCUCCGUCACCCCCGCGUCCACCGUUCCCACCACGACCGCCAUCGCCGCCACGACCACCGUCCCCACCAAACCGCCAUCGCCGCCGGGGCCACCGUCCGGAGCACGACGGCCGUUGCCGCGGCGACCACCGUCCCCACCACGACCGCCAUCGCCGCCGCGACCCCCAUUGCCGCCGCGACCACCGUCCCCACCGCGUCCACCAUGCCCACCAAUGCCGCCGUCUCCGCCUUUACCGCCCGCGCCGCCAUGCCCGAAGCAGCCGCCGUCCCCACCUUUCCCACCGGUGCCGCCGUUGCCGCCAUACCCGCCGUCACCCCCGGCGCCGCCUUCCCCGCCGUCGCACCCAUAGCCUCCAUGGCCGCCCGGUUGGCCGGGCUGCCCGUGGACGAUGUUGUUGGCCGCCAUGCUGAAGUUCGAUGAAGUGAGGUCGAGGCGAAGAGGUGGGCGUCGCGGUCUGGUUGGGGCAGCGCUGAUCGUCGAGGCCGGGGGCGGACUGGCGGCGGCGGCGACUCCGGCCGGCUCAAGCUUCGUGUGCCGAUCGAGAUGAAACGGAGACUACCAUAUAUAUAAAUGGUAA